CACUUCAGAGUGGGAGAGGGGGAGGUGAAGACAGCCGGGCAAACUGCAUCUCCACCAGGCUGCUUCCCUUCCUCCUUGUUUUUUCACAGCCGGAGUAGUUUGGCAAACCUGCUCUGGGUGCCUCUGAGCCCUUCUUGCAACACCCAGGCAAGUGGAGUGUAGCAUUGGCGUCCAGGCACCUGGCCCUCCCUUAGCCCUGCUGGCACAGCCUCAGGACAGGACAUGUCAAGCUGCAACAACCCUGGGGGCCCCACUGCCCUGGACUUUCCGGAAGUCCUGAAGUCCCUACUGGAGUAUUCUUUACCCUGGACCAACAAGAUGACAGAUAAAGAGAAGGAGAAAAUAAAGCUUGAAGAAGAUGAGGCAGCAGCUGCCAGCACUAUGGCAGUCUCGGCUUCCCUUAUGCCACCUAUUUGGGACAAAACUAUUCCUUACGAUGGCGAGUCUUUCCACCUGGAGUACAUGGAUCUGGAUGAGUUCCUGCUGGAGAAUGGAAUUCCUUCCAGCCCUACUCACCUGGAUUUGAACCAGAAUCCACUCUUGCCUGUGGCUGAGCUGGAAGGAAAGGAGUCUGCCAGUGCUUCCACUGGUUCUCCUGCAUCAUCCUCCUCCACUGCAGUUUACCAGCAAUCUGAAGCAGCCUCCAGCACAGAGUCCCCACCACAAAAUGAGAGAAAUACUCCCAGCCCCAUCGAUCCUGACUGCGUAGAAGUUGAGGUGAAUUUUAACCCCGACCCUGCUGAUUUAGUGCUGUCCAGUGUGCCUGGUGGUGAGCUCUUCAAUCCUCGCAAACACAAGUUUACUGAAGAGGACCUGAAACCACAACCUAUGAUUAAAAAAGCCAAGAAAGUUUUUGUCCCAGAUGAGCAAAAGGAUGAAAAAUAUUGGACAAGACGAAAGAAGAACAAUGUGGCAGCCAAGCGCUCCCGUGAUGCUCGGCGAUUAAAGGAGAAUCAGAUCACAAUUCGGGCAGCCUUUCUUGAGAAAGAAAACACAGCCCUGAGGACGGAGGUUGCAGAGCUGCGCAAGGAAGUGGGACGAUGCAAGAACAUUGUUUCUAAAUACGAGACCAGAUACGGACCCUUUGACUUAUCUGAUUCCGAGUGAUGCAACUUUAAAGACUUUUAAAAACAAAGAAACUAAAAAGCACACAUGAAUCGCCAGUCUUCAGAGUGAGCAGUGAAAUCUAUGAGGUGUCCCAACACAAACAACUGACGAUGACCCUGCCUGCCUCCUUGCCUGCAAGUACCCCAUCUGACUACCCAGGGCUGGGCAUGAUGAAAAGUGCAAAGUCUCCUUAAUUCUGUAUAUGACUUUCUUAUCUGUCUUUCUCACUGUAACUAUGAACUACAAUAAGCUUACCUAUUGGGGUUUUGUCAAGACACUCAAAGUUCACAUCUCAAAGUCCGUGACAGCCUGUGUGAAUAGUGACUCUUCACUUCAGCACUCGAGUGGAAGAAAAGAGGGAGUUUUAAAUGAAAAUGUCUGUUAUAUAUAAAGAACUGCUAUGUUUUAAGACUCUUUUCCCUGCAGUAGAAUGAAUUUUAUUUAAUACUGCAGCUCACUUCUGGUACAGUGGGUACAGUGUAGCAUAUUGUGGAGUACUGUGAGUGUAGAACUGAAGACACCAGGAAAACAGCAGCCUGUGAUGUGAGACUUCAGUGCAGAAAAGUACAGCAGAUGUAUUGAAACAAGGCUCAGUGUGCCAUACUGAGAUGGGCCAUGUAAUAGUAAACGUGGUUGCUUUUCUGCUCCACAGCUACACUGCUGUAACCUGCCUUUUCCUUUAUUUCGUUUAUGAGGAUCACUUCCUUUUAUGGUAUCUUGCUGAAACAGGAUCUAUUCUUCUGUUAACGAUUUAGCAAUCAUGGAAAAGGUGCUAUUCUGAGCUGCUCAUCCCCAAGACUUUUGGCAGUUUAGACUACCAAAGGAGCAUUAGCUCCAGCAAAACAAUGGCUGUUAGCUGCCAAAUUACAGUUUUCUGUCUCUUGACUGCAGGAGAACUGCGGCGGUGAAAGAGUACUUUCUUCAUCUGUUUUAUAAAAGUAAGACAGCCAGUGAUCUCCCAGAGUUACAACAGGCAUCUUAAGUAUCAAAACCCGUGUGCUGGUGUGGGAGGGUAGAUGAAAGCUUGGACAGAUUGUGGGGAUGUUUAUUGUGUGUAGAAGAUGGAGGAAGUAGGUGGAAGUUCCGUUGUAAGAGUUUCAUCAGCAUAACAAGAAUCUGCUCUUAUAUUGAGGAAACUUAAAAUCUAAAGAAGUGGGAAGAAAAGUGUGUGGUAAGAAAAAGAGUUCUUAAUUUCUAGGAAAGAAGUACAGGACCAUGCUUUAGCCAAAAUGAGGCUUGUAAGACAGGAGAGUAUUGAUGCUUGGGGAUUGAUAAAUAGCACACACCUCAAGAAAAAUAAUUUUGAAAGCUUUCAGAAGCACAAGUGCCAAAAUUAUGAGGCAUGACUAGUUACCAGCAUAGCUCAGCACUAUCAUGUUGAACAAUUAUUUUGACUUUAUGUUAAGAGAUUCCACCACUAAUUUCAGAGCAGAAAGGCAAAGAGAAAAAUGUGAGAAGAAGCAGCUGUUGUAAACUUAAUUUUAAAAAAAAAGAUAAAAAUUUCAAAAGCCAGGAUUCAUAACCAGUUUUUGACAGCAUAACCUUUGUAAAGAGCAUAUAUAGUUAUUGACCUAUCAUUUUUAAUGGACCAUGUUCUGAAAUCAAGCAAGUGUUUUUACCAAAGUAUACUUAGUAAGUGAUUUUAUUAUAAUUUUUGGAUUCUAAAGAUCUGAGAUAACCUUGGGAUAUUCUUAUGAAAUAAAUGAAUAGCUUAGUUCCAUAUUGCUGAAGUGUCAGCACAUAUCUCUACCUGUAUCAAGUAUUGCUGGUUUGGACUGAUAUUUUUGGUAUGUACUGGUUUUUGUUUUAUUUUGGUGAUAAAGGCCAAACCAUGGAUCAAAAACAAACAAACAAACCAGCAACAAAACAAACAACCCUGACAGCACGUAAAUGUAGCAACUUUUUGCAUUCAUAAUUUCUAAAUUUUUGGUUAGUUUUGGCUGUUCUUGAAAGUCAUGCUUCCUGUUUAAAUUGUAAAGCUAAAGGGUAUUGUAACUGGGCAAGGAGUUGCUAGUCCUUCAUUUGGAUCUUACUGUGCUUAGGAAUAUCUUUUAAAUACUUACAUAUUGUGUACGGGAUCUGAUUUUGCAGUAUGUCAUGGCAUUUUAACAGCAAAAUAUUCAGUCAGUGAGAUUAGUAUGUGCAAUUCUGUUGUUUUAUUUCUGUUAUAUUAAAAGCUUACACAAUGGAAACCAACAGUGAAUGUUCAUUAGAUCUUUGUCUCAGAGAAGACUGUUAGCAAACUCUUGCGCUUCCCUGUAGGACAGUGCAGAUUUGCACAACCUGUGAUUCAUGUGUCUAUGGGUUGCAAAACUGGAAAAUCGCACUUUAGAGUGAGUGCGGCUCAACUUCUGUAGCUGGAGAAUUUAUUUUUUUUUAAAUUUUAUUUUUGUGUUGAGAAGCAGCAUCUUUAAAGGUAGAUGAGAAGGUAGUAACUAUUUAAAGGAGUGCAGAUAUUGCCAGACAAAAGAUACUGUGCAAUGCUGAAUUCCUUCCUCUGUUUUUGCAGUCUCAGGAAGUUUACUGCUUCAGAGCUCUCUGCUCCUCUCAGAACAGUUACCUAUAUCAUCUUGUUUCUUUGACUCUGAUGACAAUCCUAUCUGUAUGUGAUAACUUGGGUAUGUUUUCAUAGUGGUCAUAAGAAGACCAAUACUCUUUUAGCUCAAUUUGAACAUUAAAAAGUGCUGAAUUGACACUGUUAGAGUCUGAAGUUCUCUAGCCUUGGAAUAUGCUCUGUAGAGGCCAUAAGUGUACCUGAUGUCAGCCUACCCUAUUCCAGCCAUAAAGGGACCAUCUCCAAGGGGAGAAAAUAAAGGGAGUGUGUACCUUUCAGCAUCACUGCAGGGAUUGCCAGGAAAGAGCAGUUUUUGACUUUCAUUGGGAUGUGGAUUGACACCACAUGGCCAUUUCACAGUACUAACUUUGAAAAUAUAUAAACUGUGAUGAGAUUAGUCGACAAUGAGUGUUAUCUUACUCUACAGAAGAAACAGACUAUGAAUAAAUGAUGCACAACAUUUAAUACAGUAUUGCUUUCAUAAAUGAUUUUCUAAUCUCCACAUAGUUAUAUCUCCUUAUAAUAAUGUGGUUUUGUAUCUAAAAAUUCCCUAGAAGCUUAAUCUUUCACCUGUUGCCAAGAUCUGCUCCCACUGAAGCUGGUAACAAAGAUCUCAUUAACUCCCACAGGAAAAAGUCUUUACUCUCAUGUGGUUAUUGUGAAGUUUUAGCAAGUGCUGGAGUCAUGAGUGUCUUUGCUUUACUGUGGAGCAUUCUGUGCUGGGAUCAGGUGGAUGUAUCUCAGAUUGCAGAUGUAAUGUUGGUAAACUGGUCCUGUCACUUGUUCAUCUACAUAGUUAGUCAUAGUUUUGGUAGUGUACUAUAAACUUGUGUUGGGAGAAAAAGUGUUUUUGAUUUGUUUUUUUUUUUAAGAGGCUUUUUGCAGUUCUUCUAGUAACAUUUUAUGUCUUUUCUGGCAAUUCUCCAUUUCCUUGCUGUGCUGUUUGAAAGCCCAAGGUGUUCUAACUGUAUAAAUCACUUUCAGCAUUAUUUGCAGGACUGCUACUAAAUUGUACCAAAUUAAUUUCAAUUAUUGUAAUAAAACCACUUGUGCGGAAAAAACUAUUUUUUUGUAGAUAGCUGAAAUAAUGGACCUGCACAGGAGAGAGUAUUGCUACUUCAGUCUUGUAAGCCCCCGAGCAUAAAAAGGCUCUGUUCCUUUUGAUCAGGAGUUUUCAUUUUUAGUGAGAGAGGAGGUAUCUCGGACCUUUGUAAAAUCCAGACAGGCUUUUGUUCUCCUGUAUAGUUUUAGCUGCUAAGCACAAGAUGAGAAAUGCAGAUUUGUCUUAGUGCAUAAAUCUCAUAUUUUUGGCUACAUACAUCUAAUCCAUAAAGAGCAAAAUCAUUUAUUAGCGCUAGUGUUUUGCCUUUGCAGCACUACAAUACUCUUGACUGGCUUUCUAGAUGUUCUGAUAAUUACUCUGAUCUUUUUAUCUGCCACUGUAGCAUGGUGAAGAUAGGUAAACUCACAGUUAAAGACUGGGAGAAAGGUAGAAAGAAUAGGCUUAUCGAAACUUCUGUGGAGAUGCUAACAUAAUGCUAAUUGAGAAAUUACAGUUAUUUAAUUCAUGAUGAUACAGAUUUGUCAUACAGAUGUAAUUUGUUAGUUUGAUAGUCUGCAGUUAGUUUGACAGACUCACUCUAGUGAGUCACUUUUGGAAUGCAAACUUCUUAAAGUUCAGACAGCUACAGGGAAAAAGGAAUACUUUGAGGAAAAUACAUGUAGAGAGAGUUAUAGAUAUUUGGCAAGGAGGGAAGAGGAGAGUAAUGCAAGAGUCUGACCUGUGUGAGAUUACUAAAACUGACACCUCGCUCUUUACAAUUUUAGGCCAAUUUGGAUCCCAUCAGUUUAGCAUGAUACUGAAGAUAAGUACUUGUUUAGGUCUUGGGAAUCUCCUUUUCUUGGUCUCACUUCCACAGUCCAGAAGAAAGUGAAGGGAAUGUACAGAUAGGGAGGAGAGUUACUGCAGAAAGGCAUGGAAAAAAUAGCUGUUGCUUCAACUAAGUGCGCUGUUGCACUGGGGCUUGACCUGCGAAUGCAAACUGGUAGUGCUGUGUCAUGAGGAAAUAACUAACUGAGGCCCCAAUCUUUUAAGGCCUCAAUUCUGCUAUCAUUUCUGCACGGGAUGAGCCCUGUAUCUGUAGAGAACCAUGUGGACUUCACAGGAUCUGUUCUUGAAUGUGAAGCUCUGCCCAGGCAGUCAGCUGCAGAAUUGUGUCCUUAACACACUGUCAGUUGUAGUUAUAGGGCUGUUGAUAUUAAGUGUUACUUGGGUGCCUGUUACAUAGCCAAAACCCUUGUUACUUCAUUUUCCUAACUAAGGCAUGAGCAGAAGCCCUUUGCUGUACAACAUCUGUAAAAAAAUUAAAAAUGUACUUCACAUACGUCUAGUAAAUUAAGGCAUGUGAUUUUGGUCUGUGGGUCUCAACAAACUUUGCUCGUGUACCUGCCUGAAUGUUUUCUUAGAUCUGCAGCUAUGUCUCAGUGAGAAGGCAUGGUGGGAUUUGUUUUCCCAAGGGGGCACAAUAGCAGGUGUCAUCUGUCAUGCUGCGGGUGACCACUUGCUACUGGCCAGGAUCAUGGAUGGAUGCAUCCUCCGCACUUUUAUGUGAAGUUGUCUGAAAUAUGGUGAUUAACAUGAUUAUUGGAAUACUGUAUUUUGUAUAACUUAGAACAUGUAAAUACACUUUUAAAACUAAUCUGUUCUCUGAAGUAAUAAAUAAGUGCUUCCAUUGUAAUAUCUGAAUAUUGUUAAUGCUUUAUGUAGCUUGAUUUGGGAUUAUUUUUUUCCUAGAGAACUACAGAAAUCAAAACAAAGAUUGAUGUUGUGGAAUUCUAGUCUAGUUGUGAUGCUUUCUAUCAGCAAAAAAAAAUGUUUUAAUAAUAAUAACAGCAAUGAGCUACUUAAGCAGAGAAACUGAGAUUUUUGAGGGAAUUGAUUCUCUUCCAGUCUUUCUUUAACAGUAGUCACGGAUUACAUUCAUAAUUGUACUCUUCCCAUCCUGUUAGCUGGACAGUUGAUUUGUUUGUGAGUAGCAUUUGGAAAGUGGCAAUAUUAAAUUAUUUGUAAAGCUUAGUGAUUGAGGAAAACUAAAGCUGGGUGUUUUUUGUUGGGUGUGUUUUUUUUAACUAUUCUCUGUUUUGACUCAAAGAGAUCUGUCUCCACCCUUCAGCCAGACUGCAGCAAGUUGCAGUGAAACAGUGAGUGACUGUUACUGAAGCUCAUUUGUGACCUAGAUAGUCUACAUCUUUAUUACUUCCAUUGUGUACAUAGAUGACACAGGUUUCCUGUGGUGUGGAGAGAGAGAGAGAAGGUGAUUAAUGACUUGUGGUUUUGCUGAGUACAUGUUCACUGGAUGCUGCACAGCUGGAACUUUAAUCAGCUUUCAUGACCUUUUCUAUCUUGUGUUAAAAGGAAAAAAAAACCAAAACAGUGGAGUGAGAAUCAUGAGCAGUCAGCUAGGAAAUAUGAACACUUGGGUUUUGAGGUGUAGGUGAGAUUGAUCCAUCAGCCUUCAUGUAAAGAGAUAGCCUGUGAUGACACUUUCUUCAGUCAUAAUAUAACUUCUUGGUCUUUAAUGCUGUACUGGGGCAGUCUCCUCUCUGGUAACAGCUGUGUCUGCAGUGUUCCAUAAAAGACAAAGCCACAUCUUUUGUAGUGGGCAGAGACAAUGGUAGGUCUUUUUAAUUUCUUCUAUUUUUUUCCCUCCCCUCUCAGUGUCUCUAGGCUGUAAAAUAGCUAUGAAAUAGCUAAUCAUAUGUGCAAGUUAUUCUGAAAACUCUGUUCCUGUAAAGCUUUUUCAGACAUACAUUUUUUAACUAAAUAGUUUGAGGGAACUCCUAUCUGCUAUAUUUGGCCUGAAAUUCUGUUGCCUCUUGGAUAAAAGUAUUUUUUUGUCUUCAGAUGUGACACUGAUCUGUCCCAUUCAUGCAGUGGGAUGGAUGAUAAAUCUGCACAGUAUUUAUAUGAGAUAUAAGUCUGAUCAUAGUUUUACUGUGUGUUAAGUUGUUUAAUCUCUUGGAUGUCUACUCCUUGAGGUUGUCUAUAAAAUUCUUGUAGCUGCUUUUUGAAGCAGUCCAUCAAGUGCAUUUGAGAUCAUCAUGACUGAAAGAUUCUAUAGAAGUGAAAGAGAUAAUAAAGCUUGUAAAGCAGCUGGGUAAAACUGUAUUGCCAUAAAUGGUUUUAAUUUAUAUAUGAAUCUUCUGUCCCAAACUGCUUAUUUUGUACAUAAACCUAAACACUCCUGGCAGCUGAUGGGUGAAAAUAAAGGUGCUUAAACAGCAAUCUAAUGAGGAAAGGGCAUUUCACUAUUACAGAGUUGGUAUUAUUUUAUAUUUCCAUUUAUUACACUUUUUUAAAUGUAUAAACCACAGAUUUGAAUUCUCAAAGUCUUCAGCUUCGAUUUUGUGAGUAGUUUAAAUCCUCUCACCUCUCUGCUCGUAACUGGUUUUUAAGAAAAAGAAAAGCUUUUGUUUAAAAUGUAAAAUUUUGACUGUAUUAAAUUCUGUUAGUACCCUUCCUUUUUAAGAAAUAAAAUGUAUAUUCCACUA